CACACACACACACACACACACGCGCGCGCGCACACACACACACACACACACACACACGAUGAUGGCAAGGCGACGGCUUGUCGGUGCCUUUGCCGCCCUUUUGCUGGUUGUGUGUUGUGCGACCAACCCCUCACAUGGCCUGCUGGCAGCAGAAGAGUGCUCUGCAACGACCGUGGGCGAGGCGUGUUCGCGCGGCCCCUGCUAUCUUGAUGGAAUCUGCGUACGCGAAGCGUGCGUGGCGCAAGUGCGCGCAGACGGCGUCAACUGCACCUUCGUCAACGCGACGGCACCGAGCACCCCAGCACUCGACGGCGAGUGCGCUGCCGGCGUGUGCGUGCCUCUCCCUGAUCCAACAACAACGACAACCACGACGACAUCAACCACGUCCACCUCAACAAAGCUAGUCACCACAGCACAACCCACAGCGUCAUCCACAGCGCAGGCAACAACAACAGCCAAUGAUCAAGAGCUCCCGUUCCCCACUGAUCUCCAGAGCAAUCGACCACCGGAAGGCAUGGCAUUCGUGGAUGUCUACCUCGGCUUCACCGCCACGAGCCAGCGUGGCUUCUUCCUGUCGGUCUCCGCCGUGGAUACGCUUCUCGAUACGCUGCAAUCCCGGCUUGCUCGGUACCAGCCUUCACUGUUCGUGGAGGCUCGCUACGUGUUCCCGAUGUCUGGCACCACGACAACAACACCAUCAGCAGCAACGGCGACGGCCACGGCAACAAGUGGGGAUUCGUCCACACCCACGAUUGCACCUCCUGCUGCCACCACAGCCGCCACGGUCCCGCUCGACCUCGACUUUGUGCCCAGCGACGUGAUUGCGGUGCGGGUUGUGCUUACACGCGACGACACGGCAACGCUGCAGGAUGUCGUGCUGAACAUGACCGCGCUUGUCACGAGCAACGAGCUCGCCGUCGCGCUGCAAGACACACUGCCGCAGGUGUCGCAGGUGCUCCAGGACGUGUACAUGUGGUCGUCUCCACGCACCCUCACGUAUGUCGACCCCAACGCGACGCCAGCUCCCGCCAACGGCAACAGCGACAUGGAGAAGCAGCUGCUGGUUGUUCUGUGGGCUGCCGUGGGCGUGGUGCUGGUGGUUGUGAUUGCGCUGCUUGUGCACAUGCGCCUGAACCGCCGCUCCCGCGUUAGCGCGGACCUUCUCCUCGCUGCCCGCGGCGUCGAGGCAGGCCACAACGGCGAUAGCAGCAACAGCAGCAGUGGUCACGACCACGCGCAGCAACGAGGGACUGACGGUGGUCUGGCGGGACCAAAGAGUGAUUUUAGCAUGCAGCAGGACAAUGUCGGUGUGAGCACUGGCCAUAUGGGCAAGUCGGCACCGUCAUCCGUCUGGCUGUACUCCACGCGCGCAGCCGAGCUUGGCAAGCGGCAGGUUUUUGCCACCAUCACCACCAGCGAUGGCGACGAUGGUGAUGACGCAGUCAUUCCGGAGGCGGCAGCCACAUGCGAGGUGGACAAUUUCACGGCAGCGCAGCGCCCGGAGAACAGGAGCAAGAACAGAUAUGUUGACAUUCGCGCGUACGACCGCACGCGUGUUGUUCUCAAGUCAAACCCGCUCGUUCCCGGCAGCGAUUACAUCAACGCCAACUAUGUCCCGGGCUAUUCGUCUCCGUACGAGUACAUCUGCACGCAGGGGCCCCUGCCCAGCACGGUGGCGGACUUUUGGCGAAUGGUGUGGGAGCAGCGCAGCACCGUCAUUGUCAUGUUGACGCAGCUGGUGGAGAGUGGUCGCGUCAAGUGCGAAAAGUACUGGCCUCAGCUGCACGAGGAGGCAGACUUUGGCAUCAUCCAAGUCUCCUGCUUGCACGUCCAGCGUGUUGAAGGCAUUGUCGCCGUGCACACGCUUCGUCUCUACAACAUCAACACCCGCACCUCGCGUGUGAUCACGCACAUCCACUUUCUCGCAUGGGACGACCACGAUGUGCCGGAUGUGGACACGCUGCUGCGCCUCCGCACAGAGACGCUUCGCUUCCGGCGCGGGAUGGUUGGACCGCUUGUGGUUCACUGCAGCGCCGGUGUUGGGCGCGCUGGCACGUUUGCACUCGUUGACACGGAGCUCAACAGAUUCGAGAACGAACGCAGGGUGCAGCCAGUCGCAACGCUUGUGAAGCUCCGCCGAAGCCGCACGCAUCUCGUGCAGACGGCCUCCCAGUUUGUCUUUGCCGUUCGCGCCAUCGUUCGCGGCGCAGAGCUCAUGGACGAGCGUGGACCGAUGGGCUGCGAUGUGCAGAUCCGCACGUUCCUCAAGUCCUUCCGCGUGAGCGACGCGUUCCCGUUGUUUGAUCUCUGCGCAAAUGGCCGGCGUGUGCGUGCGCUCGGUUUUGCUCGCCUCGCCAGCCAGCCGUUCCGCGGCCUCCCCGUGCACCUGGUGCUGUGCAACGACGUGUUUGUGCUGACGACGCGCGUGUCGCGUGGGCAGUCUGUACUCGUCACAGCGCCGAUGGCACGCGAGGACGUGUACUGCGACAGCAUGGCCGGCCACUGGGAGGACGACAUGCUCAAGGUGACGGCGGCGCGCGGGAAACGUGAGCUGCUUAUUGUGUUUACCUCCAGCGUGGAGAAGAACCACUGGAUGGACCUUCUUGGGUCACGGCGUGGUGUUGUCAAGACGGAGGAGCUGAGCGGCGUGCGUAUGACGUCGCCCGUUCAGCGCCAGGUGCACGAGAUUGCAGCCCUGCUGGGCCUGCCAAACCCUUUUACCACAUACGGCGCCGGCGAACUCACCGCAACGUGGAAGCGCGUCCCAAAGGAGAUUCUGCUGCCAGAGGAAGUUGAUCACGACACGCGCCGCCGCGUUACGUACAACGACGAUGAAGAGGAGCACGAGAAUGGCAUUGUUAUGCACAACAACAACUACUACAACAACAACAGCGCCAUUGCAAACACCACCGCAUACGACAACAGCAGCAACAGCAACAACAACAACCUUGCUGGUCGCCCUGGUUGGCGGUAUGUUGUUGCACAGGCGGGCGGGCCGUCACAGGCGAUUGCUUCGCUGGUGCAGCAGGUGCAGAGCGCCGAGCAGGCAAACGACACGGCCACGGACCUCCUUGAGAUUGAGUACCUGAUGAAGGCGAUGGAGGUUGAGCAGGGCGAGCGCGACGUGCACGCGUUGAUUGCCGAGGCGCGGGAGGCGGAGGUGUCUGCCAUGCUCGAGCAGCAGCGACGGGAGAUUGAGGAGCAGCUGUUGCAGGAGCGCGGGCCCGUGAAUCCGCUUGACGGCAGCGCAACUGGCGACCGGUACAUCAGCGGCAGCGGCGGCAACGCCCGCUCGAGGGAUGGCGGAUACAUGCACGUGGGACCGGAAGUGGACUCCGGCGAUGAUGAUGAUGAUGAUGCUGAUCGUGACGGCGGGCGGUCGAGCCCCGGCGGGCGGUCGCUGUACGCGGAGUCCGUUUAUACGGUGUACACGGAGACGGGUGACACGACAUACGAAACAGCCAACGAUGACGAGGAGGAGGAGGAGCGGCAAGACGAAGGAGACUACGGCGGCAGCAGCCGGCGGCGACAGCGCAGACAAGGACGCCAGCCGCAGGCGCCAGCCAUGCACGGUAUGCGCGCGCAGCAGCGGCCAAUGUGGCAGCAGCACGCCAUGGCCCCAUCCACCGCACCUCCGCCUGCAUACCAUGAGCGUGGCCACGUUGGCGGCGGCGAUUCAUCAGAUGAAGGGGAGAUGCCGGCAGGUGCGCGCCGUGCGCCCCCACGGAAGGUCUUCCAGGACCCGGCCGCAGUCUUGCAACAACAGCAACGCCAACAGCAGCAGCAGCAGCAGCACGUGGCGACUCAGCCAAGAGCACAAUGGCGGCAGCCGCAGCAACAACAACAACAACAGCAGCAACAACAGCAGCAACAGCAACAGAGUCAGCGUCAUCGGGCAGAGUCUCAGAACGGCGGUGAGGAGCAGCCGUACUUGCUGCGGCGUCCAAGCUCGCGAUCACGGCGACAGCGGCGCGGGUCGACGAUGCUUGAUGCCGAGGGGCGGAUUGUGCAGGUGCGCCAUGGCCCAGUCGCCGACAUUAGCGGUGACGCUGUGGUUGCAGGUGGCAUUGAUGGCGGUCACGAGGGCGGUGAUGUGCUGGCUGUUGCUGGCGAUGGUGAUGGCGGCAGCGUGUUUCUGCCAGGCGAGUCCGCCGCGGCACCGACAACAACAACAGCGGCAGCGCGGAGAGCCCCAGGUUCAGCAGGCGAUGCGACAACUGGACGGACGGCGUUUGAGGGCCGACGCCGGAGCCUGCACCGGCGCCCGAGCCGCAAGAAGAUCCGCGUGCGCACCACAAUUGCCGGGUUUGCGCUUGCCAAGGGCGCGGCGAAGCGGCUGGCGAAGAACCAGUAUGAGCGGCAGCGGGCAAUGCAGCGUCGCUCCAGUGGCGAUUUCACCGGCGGCGCCGAGCAGGGGCGGCAUGCAGCAACAGCGGUGGGCGCACCAACAUCAGCAGCGGCACCUUCAGCGUCGCUGACGUAUGAUGAACACGGCAACAUUGUUGCUCGCAAGGAUGACAACAACAACAGCAACAGCAACAACACCGGUGACCCAUACGACUACCUCGGCAACUGAGAUGGGGUGGGAAAGAGAGAGAGGGGGGGGGGGAGGGUGUGUGGGGUUGUAGUGUUAGUG